UGACGUUUCCUCUUCUGAAGCGACUAGGAUCCCCAGGUCGCUCCUAAAGGCCGUUCCUGUGUCGGCCGUGAUGUGGUCGUCACUCUCUGCUGCUUCGGCAAGAGUGAUGAUUGCUUUUACUGGUGCGGGGCAGUCUGAGGUCCCGCCCCAUGACUCUCCCCUCCCCGAAGCCAUCCAUCUUUCUGGUGGGGAAGAGCAGGCUGACGGGGGUAGCUCUCCGACUGGUGGCGUUGAUCCCGGUUCAGCUGGGGAAGCGCUGGUGUCGGGUGAAGAAGUCGAGAAACUGAAAACUCUAUUCCGCCAAGUCUACAACUUUGCCACCGGACUGGUCGAGAGGUCCAAAAAAAGGUACGAAGAACUCCUGUCCGCAAAGUCUGUCUCGGCUGAGGAGCAUGCGAAGGUGGUCCUGGAGCUGAAGGAGCUGGGGUCUCGUCAUCAGGAAGAGUUGACGAAGAUCCAGGAGAGGCAUGUUGCUGAACUCCAAAAGCUCCGGGAUGCCAAGAGCAAGCUCGAUAAAGAGCAGAAGGGCAAGUUUUUCAUCUUACUGACUCUGUCGAGUAGUUUUGUGGCCUUUGAAGAAGUCGUUUGAGCUUUGUGCGUCUUGACGCAGAGCUCAGGGAUUUGCUAGAGGCCAAGGAAAGUUUCCUUCUUGACUUGAAGCUUGAUGUGUAUCGUUACACAGAUGCCAACGCCAAGCUAGAGCAGAAGCUAAAGCAUGCUGAUCUCCAGAUGGUGGAGUCCAUGAAGCAAAUUAAAUCGCUGUCGGCUGAGGUAGAGGAUCUGAAGGAGAUCAGGAAUGCCGCUGUGAAGUUUAUCGAUUUGGUGGAUCCCGGGGAGCGGAAGAGCUUAUUGCAACCCUUGCAAGAGGCUCCCCAUAACUUUCAGCGUAUCUGACUGAGACCACAAAGUCGUACGUCGCGACUGCUCUUGGGCUCCUGAAGUCCUAGUACCACAAAGCCGACUUCCAACUGCUAGCUGGUGGUAUGGCAUCCGACUGCCCCGAGGAAGUCUUCGAGGGAUACCUGAAUGAAGCUCGGCCGGUGGCGGAGAAGAUUGUAGAUGACAUUGAUUAACAAGAGUAGACUUGUUGACAUAAAA